AUGCAGCAGUCCGUUGGGUGCCCGCAUGAUGCCCCACCUAUCGCUGCAGCUGACUCAGCUGCUGCCAACGCAGCAGCAGCAGCAGCAGCAGCAGCAGCACCGGGGGCCGCCAGAGGCAGUGCAGCACAGCCUCCUCAGCGUGAUGGUGAAGGGGGAGCUUUGGUUGCGAGAAGCAACCGUGGCAGCAACGCUGGUGAGGCGAGCAAUGAAAGACGGAGCAGCAGCAGCAGCAACGUCAACAGCAGCAGCAGCAGCAACAGCAGCAGCGGUCGCCCACUGAUAUCUUUCUCCAUCGCCCAUAGUGCUUAUGAACGGCUGCAAAUGCGGCGCAUGCAAAGGUCAGCAGCAGAGCCGGAAGCAGCAAACGAGCGCACCGAGGAAGAUGGUGGCAGCAGCAUCUCUGCAGCGCCUGCUGCUUCCCGCCUUUCUGCCGCAGCAGCUGCCGCUGCUGCUGCAGCAGCAGCUGCUGCUGCUGCAGCUGAUGCGACUGCAGCAAUAGCAGCAGCGGCACCAGGAGCUGAUGCUGCAGCAACGGCAGCAGGAGCUACUGCACUGGAAAGAACGCCAGAAGUAGUGCCACGACCGGAUGCUGAACCAGCAGCAGGUGCUGAUGCAGAAGCAGCAGCAGCAGAUUCUGCAGCAGCAGCAGAUGCUGCAGCAGCAGCAACCAAGGACAUGACAGCGAAGAAAGCAGCAGCAGCAGCUGAGAGUGGAACGGCGAUGAGCCUUGGCAGCUUCAUGCGGCGCGGCUGCGGCGCAGGAGCAACAGCAGCAGCAGCAGCAGCACGACGACGGCGACACCCCGAAGCAGCAGCGUCGGGGUGGGAGCCGCAGGAAGCUCCGGCAGCAGCAUACGCUACCAGCAGGAGCAGCAGCAGCAGCAGCAAGAACAGCGCGAUUGCAGCUCUGGCUAGUGGGGCUCCUGUGCUUGCUCCUGGUUGUGUAGUGGCUGCAGCGCGGCUAGCAGCAGCAGCCGAAGCAGAAGCAGCAGCAGCAACAGCUUCCCUUCAUCCUGGUCAGUUGUCUCUGCUUCCUCCUUCAGAAGCAGCAGCAGCAGGACCCGGUGCGAUGCUGCCGUCAGCUGCUGCUGCUGCUGCUGCGCGCAGCAAAAGAAAAAAAAAGAGAGACAGUCGAGUUGUGCUGACGGAGACACAGUGGGAGGCAGCACUUGCUGCUACAAUAGAGAAACGCUACUACCCUGACCUCCCGCUGCUGCGGCUGCUGCAGCAGCUGCUGGCAGCAGAAGGAGAAGGAGACGAAGAGAAGGUGCAGCAGAUAGCGCAGCAGAUCUCAACUCUUGCUGAUGCAACGCCAGCAUAUCUUCAGUCUGCUAGGAGGCAGCAGCGAGCGCUGCAGCAGCAGCAACAGUUGCUGCAGCAAAUACAGCAGCGGCAGCAGCAACAACAACAACAGCAGCAAGAGCUGCAGCAGCAGAUGCAGGGAGGUGGAGUGGAAGGUGCAGCAGAAGAGGAGGAACAGCUCAAAAGACGCAAAACUUCAGAAGCGAAGCAGCAGCAGCAGCAGCAGCAACGACAGGGGCAGCAGAAGGGAGCAGAAGCAGCAGCAGCAGCAGAUGAUGAUGAUGAUGAGCCUGUCUUGCUGCUGAAAGAGGUGAAGGCGGAGCACAGAGAGCUGCUGCAGGAUGACGUCAUUGACGUUGAUGCAUGCAGCAACAGCAGCAGCAGCAGCAGCAGCAGCUCAGAAGAUGAGGAGGAGGGUGAUGCCGGUGGUCUUUUGGAUGCAGAUGAGCUGGAGAAGCAGCAGCAGCAGCAGCGGCUGGCGCAGCAGCAGCAGGAGCUGGUGGAGCAGCAGCUUGAGCAACUGCAGAAAGAAGUGCAGCAGCAGGAAGAACUACUGCUGCGGCGGCAGCAGCAGCAGCAGCAGAAACAGCUGGACAUCGACCACUUUUUUGAUUUGUUUACAUCCGAGGACCAGGCGAGCGCGCAGCAGCUGCUGCAGCAGCGGGAGCAGCAGCUGCAGGAGAAGCGGGCUUCUCUCUGGGUGCAGCAGCAGCAGCACAACAGCAAACAGCUACUGCUGCAGCGGCACACAGUAGCAGGAAGAACUGUACCCGAGGGGCCUGCUGUGGGGUUUCACCCGGGGGCUACGCGGCUCUUCUUUAAGGGGACCGAUGGAGACGACGAUCCCCGCAACAUGAUGCCGAGAGGCGAAGUACGAGCGGAGUGUACGCGGUUUACGACGCUGCAGCGUGAGCUGCAGCAGCAGCAGCUGCGGCAGCAGCUGGAGCGUCGGCGUGAGCAGCACUUGAACCUGAAGAGCAGCGAGAUGCGGCAGAUGGUGCAGCACGGAGAGUUCAGGCCUCCACCGCAGCAGCAGCAGCAGCAAGCAAAACAAAAAGAAAUACAUAUUGCUGGCGGCCGCCCCACAGGCUAUUCCUUUACGAAAUCCCCCGUUACUGUAUCUGCAACAGCAGCAGCAACUGAAGCCAACGCGCAGCAACUCACUUGGGGCUCUUUGCUAAGCACGCCAGUGCUGGUUCAGAUAGGAGCGACGACCCCGUGCAUUGCUUCUGCUGUCUUUGGUGAUGUGCCGCCCCUUCACUCUAAUGUUUCUGGGUUUAAGAUGCCGGAGCCAAUAGGGAGAGAAGCUGCUGCUAUCCGGCUGCAGCAGCAAGCAGCACAGAAGCAGCGGAGGAAGCAGCAGCACAGACAAAUCUUAAGAGAAGAAGCAGCUGCUGCUGUUGCAGGCAGCAGCAGCAGCAGCAACGCCGGAUCUAGGAGCGGCCUUGCUGCACGCAGCGCCUGCGGCAACAGCAACAGAAGCAGCACUCUAGGCCUUGCUGCUGCAGCAAUGCGGAGGCUCGUCCGGGCUCGCAGCGCCUCGGGGGCAGCAAAGGGCGGAAGCAGCAGCAGCAGCAGCAAUGCACAAAUUGCUGCUCUCAUGCAGUCCCCCCUGCUGCAGGCUCUCUCCAACAAACUGGUGCGCGAGGGAAGCGGAGACUUUCAGCUGCGUCCUGCCUUCGCACCAAAGCGAAAGGGUCUCAGCAGCAAGAAGACCGGCAGCAGCAGCAGAAGUGUCGUUUCUGUAAACUCGUCUGCAACACCGCAGCCGCCCAGCAGCAGCAGCAGCAGCAGCAACAGCAGCAGCAGUAGUAGUAGUAGUAGCAGCAGCAGCAAGUAG